AUGGAAGCCAGGAUCCCUCUCUCUCACGAAGAUUACACCGUUGGAUGGAUAUGCGCCCUGCCCCUUGAGAUGGCAGCUGCAAAGCUGAUGUUGGACGUAAUACACCCGAGUUUACCGCGCCCGCCAAACGAUCAAAAUACAUAUAUCCUGGGAAAUGUCGGGGAGCACAAUGUUGUUAUUGCUGGUUUACCGAGUGGGGCAUAUGGCAACACUUCAGCUACGUCAGUUGGGAUGCAGCUGCUGUCUAGCUUUCACGGCGUUCGUAUUGGUUUAAUGGUUGGCAUUGCUGGAGGAGUGCCCAGCAACUAUGCGGAUAUUCGACUCGGGGAUAUCGUAGUGAGCCAACCAUCAGACACCUUAGGAGGGGUGGUUCAGUACGAUCUUGGUAAAGUGUUAAGCGGUGGGCAGUUACAACGGACGGGAAUGCUUAAUCGGCCUCCGAAAGUUCUGCUAACUGCUCUCGCUACCCUCCAAGCUCAUCAUCUCACAGAAGAAAGCCGAGUGGUCGAGUUCGUUUCCGACAUCCAAGCCAAAAUGCCACCUCGCAAGGCCACAACAUUCGCGCGACCAACCCAAGAGGAUUGUCUGUUCCAAGUGGAGUAUGAUCAUGUCGUAUCUGAUGUCGCAUCUGGUACCUGUCUUAGUUGCGAUAGAUCUAAACUGUCUCCACGACCUCCACGAGAUCACCAAGAACCAGCUGUACACUAUGGACUGAUUGGCUCCGCGAAUCAAUUAAUGAGAGAUGGCAGGCAGCGAGACCAGCUAGCUAGGGACCUAGGGAUUUAUUGUGUGGAGAUGGAAGCAGCGGGACUUAUGAAUGACUUUCCAUGUCUGGUGGUUCGGGGAAUUUGUGAUUACGCCGACUCACAUAAGAAUAAAGAAUGGCAAGGAUAUGCGGCAGCCGUGGCGGCGGCCUAUGCCAAGGAGCUUCUCCUAGUUGUCCCAACCGAUAAAAUUCACAGUGCCCCAACGGCACAUACUUUACCAGACUCUAUUCAUCGCUUUGAUGUUCCGUUGGACCUUACUGCUGUGCCAGUGAUUGACAAUUUUCUCGGGCGACAAGACACGCUAGACCAGCUAUGGCAGUAUUUACGGCCCGCAAAUCCCCAGUCACGCAAAGUUGCGAUUCUCCAUGGGCUUGGGGGAAUAGGGAAGACGCAGCUAGCUAUUCGCUUCGCGCGCUCACACAAGGACGAUUUUACUGCCAUUUUUUGGCUAAGUGGCAAGGAUCGAGGCACACUCUUGCAAUCUUUGAGCUCCAUCUUGCCCCGAUUACCAGGACAGCCUCAGAAUAAUAAGGCGGUCAAUGAUGAGGAGGUAGAGCAACAAGCUAGGCAUGUAUUACGCUGGCUAGCGUUAGAGGGAAACUCGCGCUGGCUAAUCAUUUUUGACAACAUCGAUCAAUACUCCCCUGUUAAUAGUGCUACUGGUGAUGCAUAUGAUAUCGCAGAAUACUUCCCUACUGCCGACCAUGGCUCCAUUCUUCUUACAUCCAGGCUCCAAGGGUUGACUGAGCUAGGGAAGUCAUUUCAGCUCAACAAACUGGACUCCGAUGAUGCGAUCAAACUACUCUUGCAAAGCAGCGGCGUAUCAGCUAGAGAUACCACUGGCAGACUUAAGCACAAUCCGGAUACCCUUGCUCUUACUAGUCGUCUAGACGGACUUCCAUUAGCAAUCGUUAUCGCCGGGGCCUUUAUGCGUGAGACUGGAACUAGCGCCACUGAGUACUUGCAGUACUACCAAGAAUCUUGGUCCGAGUUACAGCUGCAGUCAAAUCCGCAACGCCAGUAUCAACAGGGUAAUUUGCUACAAACAUGGAUGAUCUCAUACUAUGAGAUCCAGAAGCGGGACCCGUAUGCAGCGAAGUUACUCCUCCUACUUGCUCAUUUUGAUAAUCGGGAUAUCUGGUAUGAAUUGAUAAAAGGCAGUCAACAUAGCUCAGAUGUUCCUGUUUGGCUUGAAAGGACUAUAUCGAGCGGACUUGCAUUUAGCGCCGGCGUCAAGAAUCUCAUCGGCUUCUCUCUGCUUGAGACUAAGGAACAAGUCGGAAGCUAUGCAAUACACCCAGUAGUGCAAGACUGGUGCAUUCAUCUUUCUAGCAUAGACAAAAAUACGGAUUUGACUUUGCUCAAUGAACUGGCACUAAUAUCAGUUGGAUACAGUGUACCAAGUUCAAGUGACAGAAAAUAUUCCGAGCUGCAGCAACGUCUUCUUCCACACGCAAAUUAUGUACGUCAUGGGGACUGGGCAAGUGGCAACACUGAUAUUACGGUAUGGAAAGCAUUUGAUGGUUUAGGGAAUCUCUACUCUGAUCAGGGGAAGCUGAAGGAGGCAGAGGAGAUGUACCAGCGAGCACUGGUAGGCUACGAGAAGGCUCUCGGUCCCGAUCACACGUCCACUCUGGAUAUAGUCAACAACCUUGGGAAUCUCUACUCUGAUCAGGGGAAGCUGAAGGAGGCAGAGGAGAUGUACCAGCGAGCUCUGGUAGGCUACGAGAAGGCUCUCGGUCCCGAUCACACGUCCACUCUCAAUACAGUCAACAACCUUGGGAAUCUCUACUCUAAUCAGAGGAAGCUGAAGGAGGCAGAGGAGAUGUACCAGCGAGCACUAAUAGGCUGCGAGAAGGCUCUCGGUCCCGAUCACACGUCCACUCUCGAUACAGUCAACAACCUUGGGAAUCUCUACAAAUAUCAGGGGAAGCUGAAGGAGGCAGAGGAGAUGUACCAGCGAGCUCUGGUAGGCUACGAGAAGGCUCUCGGUCCCGAUCACACGUCCACUCUCAAUACAGUCAACAACCUUGGUCUUCUCUACUCUGAUCAGGGGAAGCUGAAGGAGGCAGAGGAGAUGUACCAGCGAGCUCUGGUAGGCAAGGGGAAGGCUCUCGGUCCCGAUCACACGUCCACUCUCAAUACAGUCAACAACCUUGGGAAUCUCUACUCUGAUCAGGGGAAGCUGCAGGAGGCAGAGGAGAUGUACCAGCGAGCUCUGGUAGGCUACAAGAAGGCUCUCGGUCCCGAUCAUACGUCCACUCUCAAUACAGUCAACAACCUUGGGAAUCUCUACAAAUAUCAGGGGAAGCUGAAGGAGGCAGAGGAGAUGUACCAGCGAGCCCUGGUAGGCUACGAGAGGGCUCUCGGUCCCGAUCACACGUCCACUCUGGAUAUAGUCAAUAACCUUGGUCUUCUCUACUCUGAUCAGGGGAAGCUGAAGGAGGCAGAGGAGAUGUACCAGCGAGCUCUGGUAGGCUACAAGAAUGCCCUCGGUCCUGAUCACAGUAGGACGCAGCAGGUUACGCAGAGAUUGAAUGCGUUGAAUAUUGCGAAUUGA